GCUAGUUAUAGUAUUCGUCGUUACAUUUGUUCGGCCGGCAAUAUGGUUCGGGCAAAUAAUAUGUAAUUGGAGGAAUUCCUUAAAUAUUUCAGACGCUGUCUUCAUUUAGAAUAUUUUAAAUAGAAGCAAUUGAUUCGACUUUUUUACGUAUGACCUAAAAAAUCAGUUUUUACCAAUCCUCUCAAUCCUGCUCCUUCCUUUCGUACUGUUAAUCCUUGCAUCGUAAAUGGUUGAUGCACGCAUUACGGAUGAGUGGGAUAAUGAAGGUGAAUUGGAAUUGGCCCAAGAUUUUGAAGUUAUUGAUCUGAACGACUUUGGUUCAGGUUAUGGUUGCGUUUCGGAAGCAGAUGACUCAACAUAUAUUUCUUCUUUUCUUAACAGUCUUGUGACGGAUGAGACUCUUUAUUCACGAUAUCUGAAUGGGAUUAUCAGUUUUGAUGAUUUGAUGCGUGAAAUGCACCAUUCUACCGCCCUAGACAAUGAUUCUUGUCGGAGUAGUGAUUCAGACUGUUCUAGUAAAGACAACGAACCUGAUUAUAUCGCACGAACAAGGAGAUCCACAAGACGACAAGGUUGUGAUACGAUUGGGAAGAAAAAACCAAAAUUAAGAGGACCACUUAUUUCUAAACGUGCUCGCUUACCGAUUGAAUUAGCACAGUAUCUUGGAGAAGCUGAAAGACAUUUGAACAAUGAUGAAUUUGAACAUGCUGAACGUAUUUGCCAUCAGAUCAUUGAUACAGCUCCCCAAGCUUCCCAACCGUACAUUGUUCUGGCCGAAAUUAGUUUCCGUCGUGGGAACCAAGAAAAAGCCAAAGAGUUUUUGUAUCAAGCUGCUCAGCGAAACCCAUCUGAUAAAAAUACAUGGCUCACUCUAGUGGACUGGGCUGAAGAGGCUGAAGAUUUCCCUCUUGCUAUACAUUAUGCACGACAGGCUCUUCGUAGAAAUCGAACCGAUAUGUCGUUACGCCAGCGUCUUAUCGACCUAUGUCAUACAGCUGGUCGAAGCAGAGAGGCAUUACAGCUACGUUUGAUUGCUCUUUCAGUUACCCCGGAGCAUACGGGUGAAAAACAAUUUGAAGUUGCUCGAGACCUAGCUAAUCAAUUUUUCAAACUCCUUGACCCUCAGAACUCAGUGAAAGCUUAUGAAAGUGCUUUCGAACAAUACCCUGAUCACGGAACAGAUGAUGAUCGAAACUCUGCCCUUUCAAUUAUGCUUCAAAUGAGGCGUUAUGACCAAGCGCUUAAGUUUUUCACCUCCUUCUGUGGUGUCAAAUUGUACUUAAACUCUGGAGAUUUAUUUGACAUGGACAGACAUUCAUCCAAGUUGGAAUCUGUGAAGAAAUUUCAAAGAUGUGAAUUGCCUGAUAAUAUGGCCGUUGAGUUACAGUUGAAAUUAUUUCUUAUUUUUGCGCAUCUCGGACUUGGUCAAUUAGUUGUGUCCCGUGUUGAAUCAACGUAUACAAAUGAAAAUAUUACAAAAUAUUCUAAUUGGCUUUUGGAUAUAGUGGUAGCUUAUAAAGAGAAGAAUUUGUACUCCACAGCUAUUCAGCUAAUUUUGAAACUCAAAAAAUCAAAUGUUACUUGUAAGCUGGUACAAAUUUGGACAUUAUUGGCUGAAUGUUAUUUAGAAGAAGGUGAAACGGAGAAUGCCAUCAAAGCUUAUCGUCAUGUCACAGAAAAUCUUGAUCCGCGGCAUACUGGUGCACGCCUAGGUCUUGUAAAUCUUCUUCGACGUCUUGGCAGAAAUCAGGAAGCCUUGAAUUUUCUAAAUCCCUCAGAUUUAGUCCAGAAGGGUGUUAAGCCUGAAAUAUCUUUAACUGAACAGUGUGAUCUAAUUGUCCAACGAAGAGAAAAAUCUCCACUGAAAGCCGGUCAUAGAUCAACGUUUAAAUCACCCACAACUGGCUUACAACGAACUCCAGUUGGUGGGGAUGUUGAUAGUGAUGAAUGUUCUCUCGAAAAGGUUUCCCUAAAUAAUGACUGGCUCGAUGCAUCUGCUAAUCUUGUCUCCCGUGAUCAUGUGGCGUACAGAUUAGCCUAUGAACGUUGUCGAAUGCUUGAUACACCAGAAACUGUAGAUUCAUUUUUAGAAGAAGCUUGGGCUCUGUUGUUUAGUGAUGUAACACGUGUUUGCGGACUUAGGUUUACUCAACUUGCCCUAACUCUUGAUAGUGAACAACAUCGAAAAUUAGUGAUUGAUCGACUAGCUUCUGUCGCUCCUGCAUUAACUGAUACACUAUCUGACCAGAUAGACGCUGGACGUUCAGAAACAAAUGGUGUAAGCAGCUCAGAUAUUUGGGGAUUAUUUUUGCGCGUCGUGGAUGUGCUACGAGCUCGCUUGCCAAAAUCCUUGCCUCAACUGGAAACAGCUACUGCAUGGGCUUCUUUAUUACCUCAUGUUCAAGGUAAUGAUUUGCGUCGGUUAGCUGCGAGUCAUCUUUUAAUUAGUUCCUCACUUAUUGCACGCCAUGGCACACCAGCAUUUUUAGAACUACGAAAAAUACAAAAACAGUGGAGUGAAUACAAUCAAUAUUGGAAUGUGAUGAAUCUAGCAAUCACUCUUUCACGUGAUUUUAAACACUGUCGAUUUUUGGAUCGUUUGGUUACCAAAGAUAGUUUAAAUUUGGCUAUUGGUACAAUUGCUAGCAGUGACACUUUGGUUCGAGGUUCAUAUCGUUAUGCUAUUGCUCGAUUAAUCAAUAUGAGAGAGAAAUAUCCGGAUGAUGCACUUCUUGCUUUACUACUUGCUGUUGGUUUUCUAAGUAUGUCCAUGCAGAAGCAUAUUGGUUCACGUCAUCUUGCUAUUUUACAAGCUGUUGGUUUUCUUGGGGAAUAUAAACGUUUACGUGGUGAUUGCCAGGAAGUUUACUACAAUAUAGCACGUGCUUGUCACCAACUUUUAAUCACUCAUAUGGCUAUUCAUUAUUAUGAAAAAGUCCUUGCUAUGGAGCCUAUUGGAAAUACUCCUGAAGAGAAAUCCGUUACUAAUCUCCAUAAAGAAGCUGCUUUUAAUUUAGCUCUUCUUUAUCGAACAAACGGAAACCCAACUCUGGCUUGUCAUAUACUUCAAAAAUAUAUUGUUAUUUAA